CUUGUCUCACCCUGGAUGGAUAACGGAGAUCUCUCCCAGUACAUGAUAAAGCAUCCUCAACUUGACGUUAUUGCCAUGCUCGCUGGAACAGCACGUGGAUUAGUGUAUUUGCAUAAACAUGAUAUAGUGCAUUUGGAUAUCAAGGCGGCAAAUAUACUGGUGUCGUUGUCUGGAGAGCCUCUCAUUUGCGACUUUGGCAUAUCUCGAAUGCUGGACAAGACUAAUGCUGCUCAUGUGAUCUCCGACGACGAGAUGGAAGGUACAGUUCGGUAUAUGGCCCCGGAAAUCUUUUAUGGCGCCAGCCAUGGUAAAGCAUCAGACGUGUGGGCAUUUGGGAUGCUUGUCCUUGAGCUUUUGUCGCGAAAACAGCCGUUUAAUCACCUAAGUUCCGAUAUACAAGUCAUACUUGCCAUU